AUGGAGCAACCACCAGGGUUCGUUGACUCCGCUCAUCCGCAUCAUGUGUGUCGACUGCAAAAGGCCCUUUACGGCCUUAAGCAGGCACCAUAUGCGUGGUUUCAAAGGCUCAGUUCCUUCCUAUUACAAAAUGGUUUCACAUGUAGUAAGUCUGAUACAUCACUUUUCAUCUUCAAGAAAGAUCAUAUGCUAAUUUAUCUUCUAGUUUAUGUCGGCGAUAUAAUCAUCACAGGAAAUGAUAUCGGCUUCAUCCAAGCCUUCAUCUCUCGUCUAAACAAGGAAUUCUCUCUAAAGGAUCUUGGUCCGUUGGGUUACUUUCUGGGUCUUGAGGUUACACACCAAUCUUCGGGUCUCUUUCUAAGCCAAGCAAAAUAUGCACAUGACAUCUUAGCCCGAGCAGGAUUACUGGACUCCAAACCAGCUGCCACUCCCCUAUCCACAUCUGAAACCUUCACAUCCACAGGGGUUCCCUUUCAUGAUGCUACUCUAUAUCGGUCCUUGGUUGGAGCUCUACAAUACCUCACUAUUACCCGACCAGACAUAUCCUAUGCAGUAAAUCAGGCAAGUCAGCAUCUUCAGGCCCCUACCAUCUCUCAUUUUCAAUUAGUUAAACGUAUUCUCCGAUAUGUUAAGGGGACCAUUACGUUUGGACUUUCUUUCUCCAAACCGGCCACUACACAACUAGUUGGUUACUUGGAUGCCGACUGGGCAAGGUGUGUUGAAACACGGCGCUCCACCUAUGGCUACUCAAUCUACUUAGGAGGAAAUUUAGUUUCUUGGAGUGCAAAGAAACAACCGACUGUUUCUCGCUCGAGCUGUGAAUCCGAAUACCGUGCUAUGGCAAAUACUGCAGCAGAGAUCAUCUGGUUAACUCAUCUUCUUCAAGAACUUUAUGCACUGCCAACGGAUCGUCCAACACUCAUGUGUGAUAAUAAAAGUGCUAUAUUUCUCAGUCAAAAUCCUGUGUCUCACAAGCGUGCUAAGCACAUCGACAUUGAUUACCACUUUGUUCGAGAGCUAGUUUCAUCGGGCCGUCUUCAUACAAAGUUCGUUCCAUCCAAUCUUCAGGUGGCUGACAUUUUUACCAAGAGCCUUCCACGUCCGCUCUUUGAUCGGUUCCGUUCCAUGCUACGCGUUGGUCCCCCACCUGUGAGAUUGACGGGGGGUGAUAGACUUCCAUGA